AUGGAAGAGGUGAAUGUUGCACCGAUUCUCAGCCCGGACGACAAGGAGUGUGAAGCUAUUUAUGCUGGCACUACCACUCGCGAGGACGACGGUCGUUAUACCGUCGCGCUUCCCUUCAAGGGUAAUGCACAUUCUCUUGGCGACUCGCGUCGAUUAGCCGAGAAAUGUUUCUUUUGUCUCGAACGCAAAAUGCAGGCUUCGCCUGAACUCAAGCAAGCCUAUGAUGACGUCAUUACGGAGUAUUUAGAUAAGAGUUAUAUUUCACCCGCACCCGUUAAUGAAAUCACGUCUAAAUUGCGCGUCGUACUCAAUGCUAGCGCUAAAACUAGCACGUCCGUAUCUCUCAACGAUCUUCUUUAUAAUGGACAGAAUUUACAACGCAAUUUAUUUGAUAUUAUAGUUAACUUCAGAUUAUUUUCAGUAGCUCUCUCUGCCGAUAUUAGGCAAAUGUUUCUUUGCAUUCGUAUUAGAGAGAGUGAAUAUUUCAACGCAUAUUGUAUAGAUUUUCGCCUGACGAACCUCUCCAGGUUUAUCAGUUUAAUCGCGUUUGUUUUGGACUCAAAUCGAGCAGAUCGUUCCCAAAAUGUACAUGGAUGA